AUGAAGGCCCCGGCUUGGGCGACGGCCCUCCUCCUGGCGCUGCUGGUGCCGCUCAGCGUGGCGGCCAACAUCCGCAACAUAUACCUCUUCAAGGACGUCAUGGUGUCCAACACGACGGCCAUCACGCAGUCGGGCUUCAACUCGCUCGUCAUGUUCGGCGUCGGCGUGCUGGCCAACGGCGACAUCAUGUACUACUCCAACACGCCCGGCAGCAAGGACGUGGUGGUGGCGUCGGGCGGCGCCUACGUGGGCGGCGCGGCCCUGCAGGCCAAGGUGCGGUCGCUCAAGAGCGCCCCCGGCAGCACCGUGAACCGGCUCGAGAUCUGCAUGAACUCCAACAACGUGCGCGAGCUCAUGGCCUCGCCCGGGCCCGGCACCAACACGAACGUGUACCGCAACUUCGCCGCGCUCAAGGAGGCCUGGAACCUGGACGCGGUCAACAACAACGACGAGGCCAUCUACGAGGUGUCGAGCACCGUCGUCUUCGCCAAGAUGCUCGGGCGCAUGGGCUACAAGUACGCGGCCAGCCCCUACACCAACCGCAACUUCUACCGCAGCCUGCUGGCCGAGCUCAACCGCGGCCUGGCCGAGAAGGACUGGCUGCUCGACCGCAUGUACCUGCAGUGCUACGACGGCGGCGCCGGCAACGACCCCAUCGCGUGGCAGGACAGCCUCGGCAUCAAGAUGGUGCCGCUGCUCUGGGUCAUCAACGACUCCAAGCCGUACUACGGCGUCACGCCCGCCGAGGCCCGCACGCGCUUCGCCGCCUGGGCCGCCAGGGGCACGCUCGGCGGCGGCGGGUACUGGAACGAGUACGACAUUGAGAAGAUGGGCCUGUCGUACAAGGAGUACUCGGGUGUUCUGAGCAGCGUCUUUCCCUGA